AAUGUAGUAUGUACCUACAACACUUCCUACAAAUUAUAAUAUCUAUGUUAAUCAAAAUACCACGCGAAAUCAAGAUUAACGUGUGUAAUCAUACUAAAAUAUCGAGUUUGAUAAUCUAUCAGUUCGAUAGAUAAUAAUGUGAUUCCAGUCACCUCUAAAAAUAUUAUUGUUUUUUAUCGAGAUAAGAGAAUGAACUGUAUAUAACUUGUAUGUACAUUGAUCUACCCAUUCAUCAUAAUUUCAGAUAACUAUGAGGUACCCAAGAACUUUUACAUGAAUACGUUAAUGUUUUACGAGUUGUGCCCAGCGCCAUCUGUGCUAUUUGUAGUAAACAUGCAACAUCGGUCUUCCAUAAAAAUUGCUCACGCGCAGCGCACCGAUUGAUUUUACGUUCAUACAAUUGUGACUCAGUAAUGCUACGAUUCUUCGUUAGGUGGCGUUAGUAGUAUAUUUGUUUGAUGUUUAUUUCUUUAGGUAAACGGUAGGUCUAGGUUAUUUUUGUAAUGUUUUUGCUGUACACCUUUAAGUUUCUUAAUUAUUUCCUCGUACAUUUUAGUUAGUAUAAUUUAGUAAAAAACAGAUAAAUUAACGGUAUCAUAUGCCUCAGUUAUUUUCCCUCGGAGAAUGUAAAGUGAAGCGCAGGACUCAACAAAUAAACCGAUAAGAUUGAUAAGCACUCCUCGUGUAAUUUAAUUCUAUUACUUCAAAUAAAUCUUAUCAAUACUGCUGAGCUCAGUAUCACGCUGUUUGUACGCAUAGUUCAUCCUGUUAACUUGAUGUCCUUUCGCUGACGUAAAAAAUAUUUUAAAAUUACCCUCAGAUUGACUUAAUCAAGUGAUACUAUUGGUGUUUUAUUCAAAAGUGGGCGUGUUUUUGAAAAUAAGUCAAAUGUGGAUAUGGCACACAAUGUAUUUUGUUAGAAGUUUUCGGACUAGUGUUGUGUGUACUGUGAAAUCAUGUCUGGGAGAGGUGUACCUGGCCCUAGUGGCCCUUCCACAUCGAUGGCCGAGCGGCGACCUCUUAUGCUGGCCCUCCGCGUGCCCAGGAGCUAUGGCAGCCUGUUUCCAUAUUACAAAUUUGUGAAAGACACAGCUAAUGAGACUUUUUGUAGCGAGAGCCUGCACCGCAGCGAGUCGAUGGUAUCACUUGCUUGCUUCCGGACGCUCUCGCAGCUCGUCAACAGCGAUAACCUGGCAGAAUUGCAACAGUACAUCUCCAAUAACAAGAAUGUUUGUAUCGACGACAAAGAUGAGAAUGGCACAACGGCGCUCAUGUGUGCGAGCGAGAAUGGCCGAAUCGCAGCGGUACGGAUAUUGCUGGGAGCAGGAGCGGAUGUUACAGCCGCCGACGCGGACUCUUGGACAGCUCUGGCGUUUGCGGCCCGUGGAGGAAAUCUUGCCACAGCUAAGGAACUAUUAGAUGCCGGAGCUAUUGUCGAUUCUAGGGACUGUGGCGGUUGGACACCGUUACUGUGGGCGUCAUACAAAGGGCACGAAGAGAUCGUAGCAUUACUGCUGGAGAAAGGAGCUGAUGUUCAUGCACAUGGCAAUUAUAAUAUCAACUCGCUAGUAUGGGCGGCGGGUCGCAAGCACAGUGGGGUUGUGCAGCGGCUAUUGGCUGCAGGUGCGCGGCCAAACUCGUGCGACAAGUACGCCACGUCAGCGCUAACAUGGGCGGCAAGGGCUGGCGAUGUCGCGUCAUGCUCGGCACUGUUAAGAGCUGGUGCUGAUGCUAACACCGCUGGCAUGUACUGCUGGACUCCACUACUGCAAGCUACACAUGGCAACCACUUUGAGAUCGUCCAAAUGCUGCUGGAACACAAGCCGAAUGUGAACGCGCUAGACAAGGACGGGUACACCGCGCUAGCCAUCGCAUGUAAAGAGGGAUACUACGAUAUUGCUUUGGCUCUUAUUAACUCCGGCGCUUAUAUUAACGUGCAGGACCAAUCAAAAGACACGCCUUUAAUACACGCAGUAAAAGCAGGACACAAGAAUAUAGUGGAAGCGCUACUAAAGAAACAUGUGGAUGUAGACCUGCCAGGCAAAGAGAAGAAGACGCCAGUAUACACUGCCACGGAGAAAGGACAUGUAGCCAUACUCAAGUUGUUACUAGCUUCCAAUCCUGACCUCGAACACAGUACUGUGAGCGGCGACACUCCACUGAUGCGAGCGGUGCGCUCUCGUAAUGCGGAAAUGGUACAAUUACUGCUGGAGCGCAAAGCGCGCGUCAACGUCGCUGACAUCAGGGGAGAUACGGCGCUGCAUAUUGCGAUGAGAGCUAGGUCUAAGCAAAUAGUGGAGAUCCUCCUAAGAAAUCCGAAGAACAGUCAAUUAUUGUAUAAGCCGAACAAAUUGAAUGAAACGCCUUACAAUAUAGAUAUGAGUUACAAUAAGACGAUAUUAGGACAGAUAUUUGGCGCCCGCAAGUUGAAUACUAAUGAAGACAAUGAGAAUAUGUUAGGGUAUGAAUUGUAUAGUGCUGCACUAGCCGACAUGCUGUCUGAACCUAGCCUUUCGGUACCUAUAACUGUCGGACUAUACGCUCGAUGGGGAUCAGGGAAAUCAUUUUUGCUCAAUAAACUUAAAGAGGAGAUGAAGAAUUUUGCCCGACAAUGGAGUGAGACGGGCUGGGCGUGGUCGUGGGCGGUGUGGUGGGGCGCGUGGCACGUAGCGCUGUCCGCGUCGGCCAUCGCGGCCGUGGCGGGGGCGCCGCCCUACAUCGCGCUAGGGCUCUGCUUCGCGCUUUUCGCCUUCAUAUACAUAGCCCUGUAUAUACUAUGGUACACUGGAAAUAAAUACGAGUGGUGGUGGGCGGGAGGAGUACUAUCGGCUCUGGGUCGUAAGUUCAGCUCACUGUUACUGGCGCUGCAGGUUGUAUUCUGUCACCCACCGGGCCCUAACGACCCUAGGGCGUUGCCAGCGACACCUAUUAGAUUUCAUUUCACCGAAGGCAUGAAAAGCGGAGGAGGUCAGGAGGGAGAGGCAAUGGUGGUUCAAAUGAUAGCGAGUUUGGGUGAGGCGCUGGAGUGUCAGUACGGGAGAAUAUGCACUCGGUUAGCAAGGGCCUUCCGACCUAAACCUGUAUCGUCUACGUCUGGUUGGAAGUGGCGGCGAGUUUGCUGUAUACCUCACAUAAUUACAUUCGAGUUGUGCUUUACCUGCAUUAUCGUCGGGUUCUGCGUGCUCAUCAUGUACUUAACGGACAGAGAUCCUGACCCACAGCGGCGGGAGAUCCAGCAGGGGCUGAUGAUCGGCGCCUGCGCAGUGAGCGGCGCCGCGCUGCUCGCCAACCUAUACACGUGCGCGCGAGUGCUCGCCGCGCUCGUCCGCGCGCCGAGGUCCAGGCUCGCGAGGGCUGCUGCGUCUUCUCCGGCGGGGCUGAGGCCUGAGGUCCAGGCUUUGACGCAUGUGGUGUCGUGUCUUGACGCGUUCACCGGCCAGCAGACCCGCCUAGUGGUGGUAGUGGACGCCUUAGACAGCUGCGAACAAGAGAAGGUGCUAGCUUUACUGAACGCCGUCCAUGCUCUCUGCUCCGACCCUAAGAGCCCCUUCAUACUACUUCUAGCCAUAGACCCACACAUUAUCAGCAAGGCAGUGGAAAUAAACAGUCGGCGAGCGUUCUGCGAGAGCAACAUAGGAGGAUGGGACUACCUUCGAAACAUGGUGCAGCUACCGUUCUACCUCCAGAACUCAGCGCUCCGCAGAGUAAAGACUGCUCAACAAACUGCUGCUAGAAGGAUGCAAGUCAUCAUGGCUGAUGACUUUUCUACGUCGCUGCAGAGAUCUGUAUCAGCACGCCGCCUAUCUUCAACAUCGGAGCUCAUGUCAAGUCAAGAGCGUAUCAAAGGUCAAGCGGCGCGAGAACGUCGUCUGCGGCCUUCGGAGUCCGUGGCCUCGUCCGUGGCCUCCGGGCUACACCGGGGCGCCACGGGGGGCGUGGCGGGCGCGGGGGCCGCCGACCUCAACAGGGUGCUACUGACUGAUGACUACUUCAGUGAUGUUAACCCCAGGAGCAUGAGGCGGCUCAUGAACGUGCUGUAUGUUACUGGACGUCUUCUAAAGGCCUUCCAAAUAGAGUUCAACUGGUACCAGCUGGCGUCGUGGGUGAACCUGACGGAGCAGUGGCCAUUCCGCACGUCGUGGAUCAUCUACCACCACGAGACUUAUGAGGAACACAUCGAUGACUCCACCUCACUCAAACAUAUUUAUGAAAAAGUAAAACCCCUAAUGAGCGGUCUUCGUGAAGCCAGUACAUUGAUGGAGCUGGACCGUGAUGAGCGUAAACUGGAAGUGUUCCUGAGCUUCCACCGCGCCACCCUUACUGCUGCAGAUCUCAAGAUAUUCCUGCCGUUCACCAUCAACCUGGAUCCUUACAUCAAGAAGCUUAUCAAAGAGGAACAAAUGCAAAGUGGAGUGGAGGAAGACGCGGGCGCGGGCGGCGCGGCCGGCCUCACGUGGGGACAGCCGCACUCGAGGCAGCCACACUCCAAACUGUUCCCUAGGAAACACCGUUCGUCUCCACCGACCCAGCCGGCGGCGGCAGGUCCGGUCCCCGCUCAGCAGAUGUGGGUAGGGUGGGCCAACACUAGCGCGGGGUUCGUGCCCCAGGCCAUCAACUCUCAACCAUUCCCCCCGCCACAGUACCAACAACCACCACCACCAGCUCAGCCACCACUACCACAGCAACCAACACAGAAUCCGUUCCAUAUGCUGAAGACUGCGUUCCCUGGUUUGUCGGACGUGUCCAACAUCCGGCUGUCGUCGCUGAGCGUGGAGCGCGUGUGCGGCGUGGUGCGGCAGGCGCUGGGCGCGGCGGCCGCGCACUGCGCCGCGCAGCUCGCCCAACACAACGUCUGCGGCCUCGUGCUCGCCGUCUGCAGGCUGCAGGACCUGGAACCGAUUCUAGAACUCCCAUUUGGUGAUUGGGAACUAUUCAAACUGCUUAUCGUGAAUCUACGUGAGCUAGAAGCUAAUAUGCCGUCGACAGUACCAACGGUAGCUGUAAUGUCUGAAAAAUCGGCAGAAGCAGAAAUCGACUCCACGUCUACAAAGCCACCAAGACACACACUAGAGACACAACGCAGUCGACCUUCAAAUGUUGAGAAACAGGUAACUCUGGAGGAGCAAAUGAUCUGCGGCGCGCUCCAAACACUAAACGAGGAGGCCCUCGAGGACGUGCUACAGUCGGAGCCCCCCUCCCACCCAGACGAGGAGAGCGUGCUCCAGCUACGAGUGGGCGCAUCCUCAGUAUGCGGCACCCCGGCCGGCAGCCCGCGCCCUCUGCGUCGCGACCCAUCCAUACUCAAGGGAGGGGGCUCCUUCCGCGCACGACGCGUCACUGGGGACCCACCUGCCGUCACAUUCAACGUCGAGCACGAGGACGAUUCCGACUCCGACGGACAGAUCACGUUCAGCGCGCGCCCCCGCACCGCACGCCUCGACGACGUGCCGCGCCGCGCCGCCCCUGCACCCCGCUCGCGCCCUUCCUCCCUGCUGGUGGCUCCGGAAGACGCAGUGGACGUGGCCGGCCUGGCCGCGCGCUCGCUAUCCGUGGAGGACUCCACGCGCACCGGCUCGCCCAUCGUCGACCUCAAGCUGCGGGGCCUGCGUCGCACCGCGGAAAUACUUCGCAAGGUCAGCUCGGCGGAGCGCUUGUCGCGCCUCAAGGAUAAGAUCAUGUCGCGCGGCGGUGGUUCGCGGGAGCGCAGCCCUGCUCGCGACGAGCCCAGUGACGAUGAGUCCGCACCACUCGUGUCCCCGGGUUGCGCUCCUCUCCCUGUCCCCGUAGCUAUAGGCUCGCCUGGCCCAUCAUCGGAAACAUCCACCUUGGCGGGGGCGGCGGAAAAUGGCAGUGCGUCACUGUCGCCACGUUCCGACGUCACAGACUUGGAGUCGCCGCGUGACGUGGGCAAUACAUUCGACUUGCUGCCGGGCGACAAGAGCACAGCAAGCACAGCCGAGCGAGGAGUGCGGGUGGACGGUCGGCUGGAGCGCGCGGGCAGCAGUGCGUCGGUGGGCAACAUGGUGGAGCCGUACAACAUGCGCCUGCUGGGCGAGGCGGGGCGCGCGCUGUGGCGACAGGACGCGCUGGACGCGGGCCCGCCGUGGCCGUGGGACGAGCCGGACUCUGCGGUGUGACGCGGCACUGUCGCUGCCCGGGUGAUACUCGACCGCACGGCUGCCUGGCGGGAGUCGACUCCGCGUCGAUAGUAGGGUGACAUAGUAUGUUAAGCCGAAGACAGCAGUUUUUAUUUGCGGUAGGAAGCUAUGUUUUUAUUGUUCUCGACGUACUUACAUCGUAGCUAGAAACCAAUUUUUAUGACGAUGGAAAACAAAUUCAGAGAUCUUUCCACAUAGUGUACCUAAUCAAUUAUGACUGUAUUAUUAGGAGUACCUUUGCAAAAUGAAGACAAUGUACUUUGACAGAAUUGUAAUGCAUUUAAACCGAUUGACCCAGUAUUGUGAUAUAAAUAUAACCUUAAGUGUAUCGAUUAUUAUUUAACUGUAAUGAAUGAUCUGUAGUUGUACUUUCAUACAUACAUCUGAUUUUGUGUUACCCGCGUCUGCAAAAUGUUAAAUAAAACAAAGAUUC